AUGCAUAUUGCUGCUGUACAUGGAGGUAACAGUAGACCUAGCAGCAGCAGCAGCAGCAGCAGCAGCAGCAGUAGCAGUAGUAAUAGUAAUAUUGUUAGUAAUAAUAAUAACACAGGGAGACGGCAACUUAAUUCAGCAGGUAGCAGCAGCAGCAGCAGCAGCAGCAGCAGCAGCACGGGGCCUACCCCUCUUGCCCUAAGGGGAGAUUAUGCUGCUUAUAGGAGACAGCUGCUUAGUUACCUCAGGAGACACCCGGAGCAGCAAAAGAUAGCAGCAGCAGCAGCAGCAGCAACAGCACCUGCUGCAGCAAAUGCAGCAGCAACAGCAGCAGCAACAGCACCUGCUGCAGCAAAUGCAGCAGCAACUGGGGACAAGGGUGGUAGUGCUCGUUGGGUGCCUCGUAGCAGCGGCAGCGCAGCAGCAGCAGAUGCUGCUGCUGCUGCUGAUUCUGCUGCUGCUGCUGCAGACAAGAGACAAGACGAUGCUGAGCAGCUGCCUUGCAGCAGCAGCAGCAGCAGCAGCAGCAGCAGAAAUGACAACAGUUUGCUUCCUCCUCCGGGGCUGUCUUCCCCCAGAACCCGCAUGCAACAAGAAGCAGCAGCAGCAGCUGCUGAUGCUGAUGGAGGAAGCAUGCAGCAGCAGCUGCUGCAGGAUGACAGGAGUGAUGCAGAGUCCUUUGUGUCUGCUGCUGAGGUUGCUGCUGCUGCUGCUGCUCCCUUCAGCAGCAGCAGCGAGGCCGCUGGGAGUCCCUCAGCAGCAGCAGCAGCAGCUGCUGCUGCAACAAAGACCAGUAUAGUUCCUACCUCUGUUGCUCUGCAGCAGCUGCGUGCUGCUGUGCCGCAGCAGCAGCAGCAAGCUGCUGCUGCUGCUGUUGAGCAGGCCGCUCGUGCUGCUGCUGCUACUGUUUUGCUGCUGCCUGAUGAAGACAGCAAACGUAUAUCGAGGCUUUCCCUCGUGCUGGUGCAGCAGCAGCUGCAGCAGCCUCAGCAGCAGCAACUGCGCAGCAUUGCUGCUGCCCUCACAGCAGCAGAUCAGCAGCUACAGCAGCAGCUGCAGAUGGAGCAGCAGCAGCAGCAGCAGCAAGGGGGUCGGAUGAAGCAGCUGAAGCAGCAGCGGCAGCAACUAUUUGAGGACUUUGUUGCCCAGGGUGUAUCUAUAAUCUUCAGCAGCAGCAGCAGCAGCAGCAGCAGCAGCGACAGCAGCAGCAGCAGCAGGAGUCCAACAAGCAGCAGCAGCAGCAAAGGUGACAUGCUGCUGCUGCGCAACACGCUGCAGUCAGCAGCAGCAAAACAACCAGACACCCCACAGGGUUUGCUGCUGCUGUGCUUAGCCUUAGGGGCAUCAGACAGCACAAAGCGGUUGCUGCUGGCGCAUGCGCUGCAGCGGGUAGCAGAGCUUCUGCAGCAGCAGCAGGAAGAGCAGGAGCCGACAGAUGAGCAGCAAGGUUUGUCUAUCUCUGGUGCCUUGAGGGCAGCAGCAACCGCACACCGUACUGCAGCAACAGCAGCAGCAGCAGCAGCAGCUGGAGAUACCCAACAGCAGCAGCAGCAGCAACAGCAGCAGCAGCAGCAGCGUGCCUGCGUGCUGCAGCAUUUGUCUCCCUCUGAUUUACCCUUUACAUCUUCUACGUCUUUCCUCGAGGCCUUUGGCUUCUUGCUGCAGCAGAUCCAAGGAGGCAGCAGCAGCAGCAGCAGCAGCACAGGAGGGCAGCAGCAGCAGCAGAAGCAGCAGAAGCUAAAGAAAGGGAAGCUGCUGCUGCAGCACACGCAGCGUCUUAGGCAGCAACGUAUAGAUACUGGUAAUGCAUGGGGUAUACCACUAGAUGAGCAGCAGCAGCAACAACAGCAGCAGCAGCAGCAGCAGCAGCAGCAGCAGCAAGAUAUGGAUCCUCCUUGUGCUGCUGAUGCUAUUAAACAGCUCGUUGCUGAGAGAUCACGACUGGAGCUGCAGCAGCUGUCUCUAUUAGCGAGGGAUUUGUCUCCUUUUGUCACAAACACAAAACUACUUGAAGAAUGUCAGGCCUUAGGCCCUGCCUUUUAUUGCCUACGUCGUGGUGCAUUCCCUGCUUUAGAGCCUCGCGCCCCGCCUCCGCAGCAGCAGCAGCAGCUGCAGCAACAGCAGCAGCAGCAGAGCCCCUUCUGGCAAAAGAAGAACCGUCGGCCAUUCAAUGCAGCAGAAGACUUUCCUUCUCUUAGCGCCAGCGUGAGCAGCAGCAGCAGCAGCAGCAGUAGCAGCAGCAGCAGCAGCAGCAGCAGCAGCAGCAUGCCGGCAGGGUGGAGCCGUGUUGCAGGAGCACGCAGCAGCCCAUCUGCUGCUGCUCCUGCUCCUGCUGCUGCUCCUGCUCCUGCUGCUGCACCUCGUCCCUCUACUAGGGGGCCCCCUGUCCCUACUAGCGAAGAUCAUUUCCCCGCGCUGCCGCAGCAGCAGCGGCCACCGCAGCAGCAGCAGCAGCAGAAGCAGCAGCAGAAGCAGCAGCAGAAGCAGAAGCAGAAGCAGCAGUGGGGACCUAACAAUAAUCCCGCCAACCUAGACCCCAACUGCAGCGCAUGCACCUUCACCAACCCUCGAGGGAGAAUUAGAUGUGCUGUAUGCAACAGUCCGCUACGGCCCUUGGACAGCAGCAGCAGCAGCAGCAGCAGCAGUAGCAGCAGCAGCAGCAGUAGUAGUAGUAGCAGCAGCAGCAGCAGUAGCAGUAGCCAGGCACCGCCGGACCCUAGAGAGGCCUUCCCUGCUCUGCAGGCAUCCAACGGAAGACGCAGCACCCCACAGCAGCAGCAGCAGCAGCAGCAGCAGCAGCAGCAGCAGCAGCAGAAGCAGGAACGGAAGCCUGUAACGCUAGCUGAUGUUAAGCCUAAAGGCAGCAAGAGCAGCAGCAGCAGCAGCAGCAGCAAGACUGCCCUCAAUGUGAAUAUAAGAAUGAUUGUACAAGAAAAAGAUGCCAAUUAUGUAAUUGUUCCCUUAAUUAAAUAA